UAAGGUACUUCUGAUCUUGAUCUUCAACUCAACAAAGUUCCAACAACAUGAAGCAUUAUGGGAAGCUAUUGUUGUUGUUGGUGGCGGUUGUUAUGGGAAGCGGCGACGGUGCCGGGAAAGAUUUGACACAAAAGUGUGGUCAAGUGGUGCAGAAGGUGAUACCGUGCCUGAACUAUGCGACGGGGAAGGCGAGUACUCCGUCUAAGGAGUGUUGCGAGGCGACAACGAAGAUAAGAGAGAGUGACCCUGACUGCUUGUGCUUCAUCAUUCAGCAGACGCAUCAUGGGAACCCUGAGAGUAAGAGCUUGGGCAUUCAAGAGGACAAGCUUCUUCACCUCCCUUCUCUUUGUAAUGUUAAGAACGCUAAUAUCGCCGACUGUCCAAAGCUUCUAGGUUUAUCUCCAAGCUCCCCAGAUGCUGCUAUCUUCAAAAAUGCUUCCAAGGCAACUCCGGCUGCACCUUUAUCCAGCCAAGCUCCACCGUUGUCAUCGACGCCGCCAAAAUCACAGAACCAAAACGAUUCCUAUGGAGUUAUACUUCGACCUCCCAUGACCAUGGAGCUUAUAAUGCUUGCUAUGGCCAUUGUUCUGAUUGCAAUUCCAACCGGAUUUGUCACACUUCAUAUAUAAUAAUCAUAUUAAUUAGAUGAGUGGUUAUAAUUUGAACUCUUUUAUUCAUAGAACUUUGCAGAAUGAAAUUAAUUAAAAUUUGUUUUUGUAGCAUGUUGCUAUGUGUCUCAAAUUACAUAUGGACCUGUCUUGUUAGUAUUUUGUAUUGGCUUGAUUUGAUUUCCCUGUAUUAUAUAUUAUGUGCUGGUAGAACAUAUUAGAUUAUUAUUGGAGGAAGUUUAAAGGUUUAGAAUAAUUUG